AGGUGGUAGCUGGUGCGGAGAAAGAAACCAGUCUGUCCUAUUAAAUGCCUCUCAUCUCCUCAUGACCCAUCUAUAAAUCCUUCCAUCAUCACACCCCACCUCCCCACCAUCUUCUGGCCGGCAACACUGCCAGUACUAGUAUGUUAGUUUGAUUCAUUUUCUUUGUCAUUAUUACACCUGCAACUCAGUGUAUACACAAACCACACACACACACCAACACUACCAAAAGAGUUAGAGAGCAUGGAGACCAGCACGGUGCUGGUUGUGUUGGCAUGCAUCGUGGCGUAUGCGAUGUGGUUCUCGCGGCUGGCGACGGGGUUGCGCGGCCCGCGAGUGUGGCCGUUGCUCGGCAGCGUGCCGGGUUUGAUCCAGAAUGCCGAGCGCAUGCAUGACUGGAUUGCCGAGAAUCUCCGGGCCACCGGCGGCACCUACCAGACCUGCACCUGCGCCAUCCCUGGCCUCGCCCGCCGGCAGGGCCUCGUCACCGUCACCUGCGAUCCCCGCAACCUGGAGCACGUCCUCAAGACGAGGUUCGACAACUACCCCAAGGGCCCCACGUGGCACGCCGUCUUCCACGACCUCCUCGGCGACGGCAUCUUCAACUCCGAUGGCGACACCUGGCUCUUCCAGCGCAAGACCGCGGCCCUCGAGUUCACCACCCGCACCCUACGCAUCGCCAUGAACCGCUGGGUCUCCCGCUCCAUCCACCACCGCCUCCUCCCUAUACUCCGCCGCGCCGCCGACGCCGGCAGCUCGGCCUCCGUCGACCUCCAAGACCUCCUCCUCCGGCUCACCUUCGAUAACAUCUGCGGCCUCACCUUCGGCAAGGACCCCGAGACCCUCUCCCACGGUCUCCCCGCCAACGCCUUUGCGAACGCCUUCGACCGCGCCACCGAGGCCACCCUCCACCGCUUCAUCUUCCCGGAGUUCGUCUGGCGGCUCAAGAAGUGGUUCCGCGCCGGCAGCGAGGUCACUCUCUCCGACAGCGUCGCCCACGUCGAUGGCUACCUCUCCGCGGUCAUCAAGAACCGAAAGCUUGAGCUCUGCGGCGCCGACGGCGGCCACCACGACGACCUCCUCUCUCGCUUCAUGAAGAAGGGUACCUACUCCGACUCCUUUCUGCAGAGCGUGGCGCUCAACUUCAUCCUUGCCGGCCGCGACACCUCCUCCGUCGCGCUCAGCUGGUUCUUCUGGCUCGUCUCCACCCACCCCGCCGUCGAGCGCCGCAUUCUCCUCGAGCUUGCCGCCGUCCUCUCCGACACCCGCGGCGUCGACCCCGCCGCCUGGGUCUCCGCUCCCCUCGUCUUCGAAGAGGUGGAUCGCCUUACCUACCUCAAAGCGGCUCUCUCGGAGACUCUCCGGCUCUACCCCUCCGUCCCCGAGGACUCGAAGCACGUCAACACCGAUGACGUCCUCCCCGACGGAACCUUUGUCCCCGCCGGCUCCGCCAUCACCUACUCCAUUUACUCGGCGGGCCGGAUGAAGCCGGUGUGGGGGGAGGACUGCAUGGAGUUCCGCCCGGAGCGGUGGCUCUCCCCGGACGGGAAGCGGUUCGAGCCCCACGACUCGUUCAAGUUCGUCGCGUUCAACGGCGGGCCGAGGGUGUGCCUUGGUAAAGACCUCGCAUACCUCCAGAUGAAGUCCAUCACCGCCGCCGU